ACAGCAUACUAUAUAUCCAACGUGCUGAUGAAGACCUGUGUGUCGUCGGUGUGUGCAGCAGAGCAGGCUCCAUUUCUAAUUUCCCACGAGCACCUCAUCACUUUGCUAGUCCACCGCAGGCACCAAUCACAAGCGCUGCCGGUUCAACACCUACCACCAUCUCAUAUUCGAUCUCUCCAACCGGUGGCAUAUCGAUCCAGUGCUCAUCGAUCGUCCAUUAUUAGCAGCUUCCUACGAGACAAUUCUUAAUUUUCUCCAGAAAUGAAGAUCACCGUGAAGUCGUCGAAGGCCGUCAAGCCCGCCGCCACCGCCAACGCCAACGCCCCCCGGCCGGAUGUCGUCGUCGUGCCGCUCUCGGUGUUCGACAAGGUGAACAUUGACAUGUACGUCUCCGGCAUCUACGUCUUCCGCCCACCGACGCCGCCCAACGCCGCGCUCGAGGCGGGCCUCGCCAGGGCGCUCGCCGAGUACCCCGAGUGGGCGGGGCGGCUCGGCGUGGACGGCCGCGGGAACCGGGCCAUCCUCCUCAACGGCGCGGGCGCCCGGCUCGUGGAGGCCACGGCGGACGUCGCCCUCGACGCCGUCCUGCCUCUGAGCCCGGCGCCGGAGGUGAGGAGCUUGCACCCGAGCGCGGACGGCGCCGAGGAGGUCAGGCUCGUCCAGCUCACGCGGUUCGCGUGCGGCGGGCUCGCCAUCGGGUCCACCGCGCACCACCUCAUCUCCGACGGCCGCGCCGCCUACAACUUCUUCCUCGCGUGGAGCCAGGCCACCCGCGGGGUCCCAGUCGACCCGGUGCCCGUCCACGACCGCGCCUCCUUCUUCAAGCCCCGGGACCCGCCGCGGGUCGAGUUCGACCACCGCGGCGUCGAGUUCAAGAAGCCGGAGCCGCCGGCGGCGGCGGCGCCGCACUCGGAGGCCGGUAACAACAUCGACGACGAGGUGUUGGUCCACAGAGCCCACUGCAGCCGGGAGUUCAUCGCCAGGCUCAAGUCCCAGGCGUCCGCGCCGGGCGGCCGGCCCUGCAGCACGCUGCUUUGCGUGGUGGCGCACCUGUGGCGGUGCAUCACGGCGGCGCGGGGGCUCCACGCCGCCGGUGCGGCCACCACCAGCGUCUGCAUCGCCGUCGACGGGCGCGCGCGUAUGAUCCAUCCGGUGCCGGACGGGUACACGGGCAACGUGGUGCUGUGGGCGCGCCCCACCGCGGCGGCGCGGGACCUGGUGGCGCGGCCGCUGCGGCACGCGGUGGAGCUCAUCAACCGGGAGCUCGCCCGGGUCGACGGGAGCUACUUCGGGUCCUUCGUCGACUUCUCGGCGUCGGGGGCGGUGGAGGCGGAGGGGCUGGUGCCGGCGGCCGACGCAGCGGAGAUGGUGCUGAGCCCCAAUAUCGAGGUCAACAGUUGGCUGCAGACUCCGUUCUACAACCUCGACUUCGGCGGCUGCCGGCCGUGUUUUUUCAUGCCGAGCUACCUCCCGAUGGAGGGCCUCCUCAUCCUCGUGCCCUCCUACUACAGGGACGGCAGCAUCGACGCCUACGUCGCGCUCUUCAGCCGCCACAUGGACACCUUCAAGACACUAUGGACCCACGGCCUUAGUGCCAGUUGGAAUAGGACCCGGUACUAAUACUACUGGAAAAAUCACACA